AUGAGGUGUGUCGCCCAUAUUCUUAACUUGAUUGUCAAUGAUGGGUUGAGUGUGAUGAAGAUAUUCAUUGGUGCCAUUCGGAAUGCGGUGAGGUAUGUUAGAUCCUCCCCACAAAGGCUUGAUUUUUUUAAGAAAUGUGUUGAAAGGGUGAAACUAGAGUGUAAAGGGCUUGUGAUUUUGGAUGUCCCUACUAGGUGGAAUUCCACAUUCUUAAUGUUGGAACGGGCUUUGAAAUUCCAAAAGGCUUUUGAUAGAAUGGUGGAAGAAGAUGCGGGUAAUUUUUGUGCAUGGCUUGAAGGUGCCAAGGGUGAAAAGCCAAAAGAAGGGCCACCGGCUAGUGUUGAUUGUACUUUUGGUGAUAUACUCUCUAUUUUUGGUCUCUUGCAAGAACAAAAGAACCCAUGUUUGUCUGAGAUUACAUCACCUAUGCAAGACAAGUUUAUCAAGUAUUGGGGUAGCUUUGAUAAGUUGAAUCACUAUCUGUUCAUUGCUAUUGUUCUUGAUCCACGUCAUAAACUUGAGAAAGUUGUUGACUAUUUUGAGAUUCUUGAUGAUGGGGAUACGGAUGAAAAUGUGGAAGCUAACACAAAGACUGUGAAUGAUCUCUUGUAUGACCUUUACAAGGUGUAUGAGGAAGAGGGAAGGGAAAGUGGUGUUGGUGAGGUUGUUAGUUCUCAAGUAUCAAGUGAGGGGAUAUCUAGUUCAAGUAAGGGUCUAACGGAGUUAGAAAAGAGAUUGAAAGAGAAGGAGCAAAAGAGAAGAGCAAAGAAAGCCGGGAUCGUAAGCAACGAUGUGGAUAGAUAUCUUGGAGAUCCUAUUGAAGGAGAUGGUGAAGGCUUUGACUUGUUGAAUUAG